AUGAAUAAUAUACUGACCACACAAGAUUCAGGGACUGGGAGUUAGGAUAUUUAGAAGAGUUAGAUAUAUUAUUCUCCAUAUCCUAGAAAGAGCCUAUCUUUAAAAAAGAGUAGUUUUAUUAGUGGCUCUUAGCUCAAAAAUAUGAAUUAAUCUGCUAUUUAAUUUACGACUACUAACCCUACUAAUGCUACUAAAGAUAUUUAGCAGAAUGAGAUAGGCCAGCAAAGAAACUUUAAUUUUAAAAAAUCUAUGACAGAAAAGGUAGUAGAAGAGGCUCUAUAGGAUUUAAGUGAUGCAAUACGCUUGAAUCAAAGUUUAGUUAGACAGCAAUCACUUGUUAAUCAUAGCACUAGUUUUAUUUCUAUGAGCGAAUAGGAUAAAAUUUAGCUACGAAAAAACAGAAUUUAACACCAGAUAAAUGGGCUGCUAAUAUAGCAAUAUUCGAGGACAGAUCCGUUAACAAUUAAAAUUUAUUCAAUUAAAUCCAAAUAGCUUCCAUAUUUGCUUGAGAUAAAGGAAAUACACGACAACAAGAGAUUUUAAGAAGAUUAAGAAGUUUUUUUAACCUAUGAUCAUAUUAGCAACUAUUAUUAUAAUAUGAAAAUAUAUAUUGUGGAGAAAGGUUCUGAUGAUGCUAUUUUGUUUGCAAUAGAUAAUUCCUUCUUUUUGUUUGAAACAAAUUAUGAACAAGCAAAAGAAAAUAAAAUUAAAGUAUUUUGUUUAGAAAAUGUUGAUAGAAAUCAAUUAAACAUUUUCGUAUUGCAAAAAACUAGCCCAAUAUUGAAUAAUGAUAGCGAUGAAAAUUCUGAUAGCAGUGAGGAUGAACUUUAAAAUGAAAAUAAUUCUAUUUAAAAAUAAUAAUAAAACAAAAGUAAUUUAAAUUAAAAUGAAAAUUAAACUGAGCAAAGUAAAAACAAGAAUUAACAUGGAAAGAAAUAAAGGCUUAAUAUGAGCUAUACUCGCAUUUAGGAAGAAAAGAUACAAAAGACAGUGAAAAAAUAUAUAAAAAUUGCAAGGGCAUAUUCAUUUUUGGGAUAACCAGAAAUGGCAAUAAAUUAUUACAAUAGAAUUUUUAAUAAUAAAAAUAUUAACAAAUUUAAUGUGAGUGAAGUUGAUGCUUUAGAAGAACUCAUGUUUUUCCUAGAAGAUAUGGAGAAAGAAGCUGAAGCUAUCAAAAAGGCUGACAGGCUGUUGGAAAUAUAUGCAAAACUUGGAAAUAUAGAAAAGCUCAAAUAAAUUAUAUUCUUUAAAGGCAAUUUGUCAAUAAAGCUGGGAGAUUUCAAAACUGCAGAGAAGGAAUAUUGUAAAUUGCUCGAAUACUUAAAUUUAGAAGACGGAGAUGAAAUUUCUUACUUUACUGCUAUUGCUUAUGGGAAAUUAGCAGAUAUUUAAUUUAUAAUAGCCAAUUAUGAAAAAUGCCUGGAGCUGCUAAAUGAUAAAUAUAAUACUUUGAAGGAUAUUUAUAGGUAAUAAGAUUUACCUUAGAUUUAAGAAAUUAAUGAUGAUGAAGAUGAAUAUUAGCAAUUUGAAAGGAAUAGCUAUGAGUCAUAGAAAUGUAAUUAACAACUCAAUGAUUCCACGAAUAAUUAUACAAAUUAAUAAUCUGAGGUUAGGGAGGAUUAUUAAGAUUAUAAUGAUUCAGAGUAUAAGCGCUUUUAAGUAAUAGAAAAAAAAUUUCUUUAAAUUAAAGAAUAAGAGCAAAAUAACCAACUGGAAGACGAUUAUGAAAUUGAAUAUCUUGAAGGUGAUGGCAAAUCGUAAUCAAAAAACUAGGAUAACCAAAAUACUUAAAAUAGGUACAUGAGACAAUUUGAAGAAUUCGAAGAAGAGGAAUAAGAAUAAUUUUCUAUAUAGUAGAGUGAAGAAUCAGAUCUUAAAUAUACAGAUAUUAAGAAUAUUGUAGAAUAAAAAAUGUAAUAGCAAAGUGAAAUGGAGUAAUCUCCAAUGCUCAAAAAUUCCUAGAAAUUGCAAUAGAAUUAAUAAAAUACAUAAACUUUAUUCUAUCAUUCAUGUUAGUAAUCGAUGAUGAAUACUGAAAUCCUCUCCUUUCACUAAAAAAUUCUUAAAGAAUUAUGGGAUUGUUCUAUGCAAAUUGCUGAUGUGUACUUUUAGCAAGAAGAUAUUCAAUUCAGCAUAAAUUAUUAUAGCAAAAGUUUGGAAUUUGCAGAAAAGCUUUUUGGCAAAGAUUCACUUUAGGUUGCUUAAUUAUACGAAAGCAUAGGGCUAGUUUGUUUAGAAAAUAUGGAUUUCGAUGAGAGUCUAGAUGCAUUUUAGAAAUCGUUAGCUAUCAAAUAAAAGAUUUGUUGCUAAAAUCAUCCUUAACUUGCUUUUUCAUAUUCAUAUUUGGGAUGUCUUUAUGCAAAAUUUCAUAUGUAUAAAUAAGCUAAAGAAGAGUAUUAAAAGUCUCUAAGUAUUUAUCAACAUAAAUUCAAAAAAUUCAAAAAAGAAUUAUCUGAAACAUAUAAUAAUAUAGCCAAUAUACAUCUCAAUGAGGCAGAAAUUGAAUUAGCUGUAUAAUCAUAUGAAAAAGCACUAGAACUCUUUAACUAGCUCUAGAAUGAAAUACCAACUUUGCACUUUGCAUAGAUAUAUGAGAAUCUAGGAAUUGCUUAUUACUAGCUAGGGUAAUUUAAAAAAGCUCAAUAGUACUUUUAAGAUUCUGAAAAUAAAUUUUUGAUACUAUACGAUGAGAAUCACCACUCUGUUGCAAGAGUUAAAAAUUGGUAAAAAACAAAUCAAGAUAGAAUGGAAAAUAGUAAAAUAUAAUCUUCAUGA